CGCACCGCUGCUGUGUUUUCCGUUGACUGUCCGACUGUGGGCACUUUUCGGCGGGUUCCGUUAAAAUGGCGCUGUUGUUGCCAGGAGCAGAAACCCAGCAGAUGAAAAGCGACAGUGGUUAAAAACGCACCGCGGACCGUUUCUGCUCGCACGGAAGGUAAUAUAUACGAGCACAAUGGCGGCGCUUGAUCAGAAAUCCCCCAACGUGCUUCUGCAGAAUCUGUGCUGUAAGAUCACGGGCAAGAGUGAAGCUGAUGUAGCCCAUCAGUUCCAGUAUGCCGUGCGGGUCAUCGGAAGUAAUUACGCACCCACAAUUGAACGGGAUGAGUUUCUGGUGUCUGAAAAGAUUAAAAAAGAAUUGCUGAAACAAAGACGGGAAGCAGAUGCUGCCCUUUUCUCUGAAUUGCACAGAAAGCUUCAGACCCAGGGUGUGUUGAAACAUAGAUGGUCCAUCUUAUACCUCCUGCUCAGCCUCUGUGAGGACCCAAGGAAGCCGUCUAACCGUGUUCCUGUGUGUAGUUAUGGAGCUCUGCUCACCCAGGCUCGUGAUGUCCACUCCACCCCGUUUUACUACGCCCGUCCCCAGAGCCUCCCGCUCAGCUACCCAGAGCGCUCAGCCACUGCCCAUAACUCCAGCAUGGCUACCAGUGGCAUCAGCAGUAUGGGAGUAUUCUCGAUCAAUGGGCCUGGGCCGACCCCUCCGUCUCUACUCACUGGACCGGGACCCCAAGCUGUCGGUGAGUCUAUGAGAGGGUCUCGUCUAGCCUGGACUCUCCCGGUCUCCAGUUCACCCUCUGGGGCAGCUGCUGCCCCUCGUCCCCCCAGUGGACCCUCUUCCAGUCCGGCACCCAAACUCCCACAGAGACAGAGACGGGAUGAAGAUGGCAGUGCUGAGAUUGGGGAGGCUGCUCUCGUCCGAGACAUUCUUUAUGUUUUCCAGGGAAUAGAUGGAAAGUUCAUCAAGAUGUGCAGCCCAGAAAACUGCUACAAAAUUGAUUCAAAGGUGCCACUGUGUAAGUCUCUAAGAGACACUAGCAGCAGGCUAGCAGAGCUCGGCUGGCUCCACAAUAAGAUUAGAAAAUAUACAGAUUCCCACAGCCUGGAUCGAGCCUUUGGCCUAGUCGGGCAGAGUUUUUGUGCUGCAUUGCAUCAAGAGCUGAAGGAGUACUACAGAUUGUUGUCUGUACUUCAUGCACAGCUCCAGGUGGAAGACGAUCAGGGUGUAAACAUGAGCGUGGAUAGCAGUCUGACUCUGAGGAGACUGCUGGUGUGGACCUACGACCCCAAGGUUCGGCUGAAAACACUAGCCGCACUGGUGGACUACUGCCAAGAUCUCCAUCUGACUAUCGAAACCUGUGUUCAGUUCUUUGUAGCCUCAGACCCAACGGUGAAGACAGACAGACUGUGGCAUGACAAGUACUCUCUGAGGAAGAGUAUGAUCCCCGCCUUCAUCACCAUGGAUCAAGCCAGGAAGGUGCUACUCAUUGGCAAAUCCAUCAACUUCCUGCAUCAGGUAUGCCACGACAGGACGCCGCCGGGAAAGAUCAUGCCUGCCUCCAAAUCCACCGACUCUCCCAAAGAUGCGUCAGUGUUGUUCACUGAUCUGGAAGGGGCCUUUCAGAGUAAGAUUGAUGCUGCAUAUUUUGAGACCAGUAAGUAUCUGUUGGAUGUGUUGAAUAAGAACUACCAGCUGCUGGAGCAUCUUCAGGCCAUGAGGAGAUACGUGCUGCUGGGCCAGGGAGACUUCAUCCGACACCUCAUGGACCUCCUCAAGCCAGAGUUGGCGAGGGCUGCCACCACUCUUUACCAACACAAUCUAACCGGUAUCCUGGAGACUGCUGUCAGAGCAACCAAUGCCCAGUUUGACAGUCCGGAGAUACUGAAGAGGCUUGAUGUCCGGCUACUGGAGGUUUCUCCUGGAGACACUGGUUGGGACGUCUUCAGUUUGGAUUACCAUGUAGAGGGGCCCAUUGCCACGGUGUUCACCCGUGAGUGCAUGAGCCACUACCUGCGAGUGUUCAACUUCCUGUGGAGAGCUAAAAGAAUGGAGUACAUCCUCACAGAUAUAUGGAAGGGUCAAAUGUGUAACGCCAAACUGCUGAAGAGCAUGCCGGAGCUCUCUGGUGUGCUGCACCAAUGUCACGUUCUAGCUUCCGAGAUGGUCCACUUCAUCCAUCAGAUGCAGUAUUACAUCACAUUUGAGGUGUUGGAGUGCUCUUGGGAUGAGCUGUGGAAUAAGGUCCAGCAGGCUCAGGAUCUGGAUCACAUUAUAGCAGCUCAUGACGUUUUCCUGGACUCCAUCAUUUCUCGCUGCCUGCUGGAUGUGAACAACAGGCCUCUGUUGAAUCAGUUGCGCGCAGUGUUUGAUCAGAUCAUUGAGUUCCAGAAUGCUCAGGACACUCUGUACCGCUCUGCUCUAGAAGAGCUGCAACUACGCAUCCAAUUCGAGGACAAGAAGAGACAGAGGGAAGAAAUGGGCGAGUGGGGUGUAACAGCAGAGCAGGAGGCCGAGGAGAACAGACGUGUGCAGGAGUUUAAAGACACCAUACCAAAAAUGUGCUCUCAGCUCAGAUUACUCACACACUUCUAUCAGGGCAUAGUGCAGGAGUUUCUGCGGCUGCUAAUGUCGGAUGAGAGUCUUCAGUUCCUCAGUUUCCGUCUGGACUUCAACGAGCAUUAUAAGGCCCGUGAUCCACGCCUGCGGCCCUCGCUAGGGGCCACUAGAGGGAGACGAAGCGCCAACAUCUGACCUUGCAGACUUUGGGAAAGUUAAUGUUAUGUGGUUGCUGUCAAGAGACUGUUUACUAAUAGGGCUAUGCAGAACUUUUCUGGCGCUCUGUAAGAAACUCAUAUAACAGGGAAACUGUUUAUAGAAUGUCCUAUUUAAGUGUCAUCGCCAAAUAAUUUCAGGCACACACAAUCGACUAUCUCGUGGUUUUACAGUGUAAUUGUCAGUAGCACGAGGUCGCAGGUCUGUUUUUUUUUUUUUCUUCAGUUAAUGUGUGAAUAUUAGUUUUGUUUUUGUA